UGCGCCGGAAGUGUUUCUAGAAGUGAGGAAGUGAAGUUACGUCUACCGCCAUUAAUCAUUGAUCCUGCUGCAGAGGCCAUCUUCCAAAAGAGAAAAUGGGUCGACAUUUUGGAGAGCUAGCCAGAAUCAGACAUGUGAUUACUUAUACCUUAUCUCCGUUUGAACAGAGAGCAUUUGCAAACUACUUCUCUAAGGGCAUUCCUAAUGUGUGGAGACGGUUCAGUUCUCAGGUGUUAGUAGUGGCUCCACCUCUUGUGGCUGCAUAUUUUACUUACACUUGGGGAACCCGUGUGAAUCAGCAGCUGAAGCGCAAGAAUCCUGCAGACUAUGUGAAUGACGAAUAAUGUUCCUAAGUGACAAUGGUUUAUGCAUAAUUGAAAUAAAAUAUUUAUUCAGAUUGA